GGAAAUUACACGACGAGAGAAACAGAGAGAAAGUUUGACAGUUUUUGUUCCACUGAAUCGUCUGAAACAAUCAAUAAAUUCAUUGUGAAGUAUUUUGUAGGUGAUCAUAUUCUAGUCAGUAAAGAGGAACAUCAACAGUUCUUGACAGGUGUUCAGUGGACUGUUCAGAUGAUGUCAUGGACUCCACAAAGGAUCUCAGUGGACAGACAGACACAGGGAAGGUCAAGAGGAUACACAAACCCUGCCGAAGUGCUGCGGGGAAUCAGGAUGAUGAGGCCCAUUCAUCAGCGAAGCGUCAAUCGGUGAGACGGUGUGAUGUUCACGAGGACACUGUAGGGGAGCCGAAAGUUUUCCUUCAGCUGGCUCGUGCAUAUCAACGGCAAAGUGUCAUUCAUGGAGAAUCUCCUGAAUCCAGCUGUGUGUCCAUGAAGAGUGACCGGUCAAUGAAUCCUCCACUUAAAUUCAGUUCAGGAGCCCCUUGUGCUGAUGUGAGUGUCAUUCAUGGAGAAUCUCCUGAACCCAGCUAUGUGUCCAUGAGGAGUGACGGGUCAAUGGGUCAACCAAUUAACUUCAGUUCAGGAGAGUCUUUGAUCAACUACAGAAACAAACAGGAAGGAUCAGAGUCAACUGCUGGGAAAGUGCCAUUGGACUCCAUUUUUGAGGAACUUGAGCACAAAAUCAUCUCUCUGAUGAAGAAAGAGCUGAAGAGUUUCAAAAGACUACUGAUCUCAGAUUCCCCAGCAUGCUCUGAGAGAGAGGAGGAGGAUGAUGAAGGUCAGAUCAGAGUCAGAAAGGGGAUUCUGAAGAUCACACUGCACGUCCUGAAGAAGAUGAAGCAGACAGACCUCGCUAACACACUUCAAACCAAACUGAUUUCUGUGCAUCAACAAAAACUCAAAACAAAACUAAAAGAGAAAUUCCAGAGAAUUACUGAAGGAAUGUCAAAUCAAAGCAGCUCAACACUUGUGAAUGAGAUCUACACAGAGCUGUACAUCACAGAGGGAGGGAGUGCAGAGAUCAAUAAUGAACAUGAGGUGAGACAGAUUGAGACAGCAUCCAGGAGAGCAGAGACACAGGAAACACCAAUCAAAUGCAAUGACAUCUUUAAAGCCUUACCUGGACAAGACAAAGCCAUCAGAACUGUGCUGACUAAAGGAGUUGCUGGAAUUGGAAAAACUGUCUCUGUGCAGAAGUUCAUUGUGGACUGGACUGAAGGAAAAGCAAAUCAGGAUGUUCACUUCAUAUUUCCACUUCCUUUCAGAGAGCUCAAUCUGAUGAAGCACAAAAAUAUCAGUUUGAUGGAUCUUCUUCAUCAGUUUUUCAAAGAUACAAAAGAACUGAGAUCAACAUUCCUUGAUGACUACAAAGUCAUUUUCAUUUUUGAUGGUCUGGAUGAGUGUCGACUUCGUCUAGAUUUCCAGAACAAUGAUAUUUUGUGUGAUGUGACAGAAUCGUCCUCAGUGGAUGUGCUGCUGACCAACCUCAUCAAGGGGAAUCUGCUUCCUUCUGCUCUGCUCUGGAUCACCUCUCGACCAGCAGCAGCCAAUCAGAUUCCUCCUGAGUGUGUAGACCAGCUCACAGAUGUACGAGGCUUCAAUGACCCUCAGAAAGACGAGUAUUUCAGGAAGAGAAUAAAAGAUGAGCGUCUGGCCAACAGAAUCAUCACACACAUGAAAUCAUCAAGAAGCCUGUACAUCAUGUGUCACAUACCAGUCUUCUGUUGGAUUUCAGCCACUGUUCUCCAGAGAAUGUUGAGUGAAGCAGAGAGUGCAGAGAUCCCCAAGACUCUCACUCAAAUGUUCACACACUUCCUGAUCUUUCAGAGCAAACAGAAGAGCCAGAAGUAUGAUGGGAAAUGUGAGGUGGAUCUUCAGCAGGCUAGAAAGAGGAUUCUGUCUCUGGGAAAACUGGCUUUUCAACAGCUGGAAAAAGGGAACCUGAUCUUCUAUGAAGAGGACCUGAGAGAGCGUGGCAUUGAUGUCAGAGAAGCGUCAGUGUACUCGGGAGUUUGUACCCAAAUCUUCAGAGAGGAGUUUGGACUGCACCUGGGGAAGGUUUUCAGCUUUGUGCAUCUGAGCAUUCAGGAGUUUCUCGCUGCUUUAUUCAAGUUUCUGCAAAACAAGUCAAGAAUGAGUGAUUUCCUGAAGACUGAAGUGGACAAGGCCUUACAGAGUGAGAACGGACACCUGGACCUUUUCAUUCGAUUCCUUCUGGGUCUCUCACUGAAGUCCAAUCAGACAAUCUUACGAGACCUACUGACACAGACAGGAAGCAGCUCUGACAGCAAACAGGAAAUAGUUGAGUACAUUAAGAUGAAGAUCAGGGAGAAUCCCUCUCCAGAGAAAUCCAUCAAUCUGUUCCACUGUCUGAAUGAACUCAAUGAUCAUUCUCUAGUGCAGGAAGUACAAACAUACGUGAACAGAAGAGAUAUCAAUCGUCUCUCUAGAGUCUGUCUCUCUCCUGCUCAGUGGUCAGCUCUGGUGUUUGUGUUGCUGAACUCAGAGGAGCUGGAUCUGUUUAAUCUGAGGAAAUAUGAUCCAUCACAUGAAUGUCUUCUGAGACUGCUGCCGGUGAUAAAAGCAUCCAGAAAAGCUGAUCUGAUGGGAUGCAAUCUGACAGAGAAAAGUUGUUCAGCACUGGCCUCAGUUCUCAGCUCAAACUCCUCAAGUCUGAGAGAGCUGGACAUAAGUAACAAUGACCUGCAGGAUUCAGGAGUGAAGCUGCUCUCUGAUGCACUGAAGAGUCCUCACUGUAAACUGGAAAUACUGAGAUUUGCAGCUUUUAGAUUCACUGGUCAGUGCUGUGAAAGUUUGUCUUCUUUUCUACAAUCAUCAAACUCCCUGAGAGAGCUGGAUCUGAGUAACAAUGACCUGCAGGAUUCAGGAGUGAAGCUGCUCUCUGAUGCACUGAAGAUUCCUCACUGUAUACUGAAAAUACUGAGAUUAUCUGGCUGUAUGGUGACAGAGGAAGGCUGUUGUUCUGUGGCAUCAGCUCUGCGAUCAAAUCUCUCAUGCCUGAAAGAGCUGGAUCUGAGCUACAAUCACCCAGGAGAAUCAGGAGUCAAGCUGCUCUCUGAAAGACUCAACGAUCCAAAUUGCACACUGGACAAACUUAAUGUGGAUCAUGGAGGAGAGUUCAGGAUUACAGCAGGACUACACAAAUAUGUCUGUGAUCUCACACUGGAUUCAAACACAGUAAACACUGAACUCAUUCUGUCUGAGGGGAACAGGAAGGUGACACGUGUGAGAGAGCGUCAGUCAUAUCCUGAUCAUCCAGAGAGAUUUGAUGUGUGUCAUCAGGUUCUGUGUAGAGAGAGUCUGACUGGACGCUGUUACUGGGAGACUCAAUGGAGUGGAGGUGCUGCUGAUAUAUCAGUGUCAUAUAAAGAAAUCAGCAGGAAAGGAAUGAGUGAUGACAGUGUGUUUGGACUCAAUGUAAACUCCUGGAGUCUGAUCUGCUCUUAUAACAGAUUCACUGUCUGGCACAAUAAUAACUGUACUGACAUACGUCCCCCUUCACACGACUGUAAGAGAGUAGGAGUGUAUGUGGACUGUCUGGCCGGCACUCUGUCCUUCUACAGCGUCUCUGACACACACACACUCACACACUUACACACACUCAUCACCACAUUCACUCGACCCCUCUAUGCUGGAUUUGGAGUUUAUCCUGAUUCCUCAGUGUGUGUGUGUGUGUGUGAAAUUGAUCAUCAGAGACACACACACACAACUGGAUGAGUGAAAUAUACUCACUGUAUCUCACAUCAACACAACUCCAAACUCUUUCUAGAAAUCAUUUCACCAAUUAAACUGAUUGAAUUCAAUACAAUGACAGUACUUUGUGUCUCACUGUGUUGUGAUUGAACUUAUUUACUAUCAGAUUCAAUAAUAAAAAUAAUGAUUUUAAAAUCCCAAAUACUUCAAAUGAAUAAAUGAGUCUAUAUAUGAACUCUUUAUUAAACGUUAAUAUAACUUCAUUUUAUUAAGUUUGCUUUGCAGAAAUAAUGCAAUCGGUUUCCUUCAUUUUGAAGUGAACUGAACAUGUAAACUUUUACAGUGUUUGCAGGAAACACAUUUAAAAUACUGUCUUGUGUAAGACGAUGUCAUGUUUAAAGUAUAUUGUACAAAGUCUGGCUAAGUAAUAACAGUUUGAUAUUGAAGAGAAGCAAUUUGUAGUAUUUGGAAUAAGCCAAAGGUGUUACUGAGCAUUUACUUUUACUCAAAUAUAAUACACUUAUGAUUUAUUACUUGUAUGUUUCAAAGACACUCACAAUAAAUUUUUAUAGUACUUGUAACACAAAUAAAAUACACUUUAAUAUCACUAAUCAAACCUGUAAUUACCCCACACUGACAUAUACUUAAAAUAACCAAAUGAGUGUUCACUGGAAAAUAAUAAAGCAAACAAACGAUUCUUUCAUACUUUGUAUAUUAACUUUGUGCAUCAUGGAAACCGUGGCCUCUGCCUGUGUUGGAAAUGUUGUCUGUGGCUUUCACUUUGUUAGAUCAUUCAGCCAACAAUGCAAGCAAUGCCAGAUCUUGCCUCCCAUUAGACCUCCAUAAGAACAUAUUAAACAUAUCAGAGUUUAACAGCUUGUAAUGUUACUCUUCUCCCAGCUCAGCAGGCAGCAGGGGAAUAGCACAAGACAAGAGACAAACAUCAGCAGAAAUUAUUGAACAACAGUUUGACCAGCACAAAUUCAACAAAUAUAUUAAUACUAAUCACAAUUGCUGCUUAACUGUCCUGUUAUGCUGAAGAUCACUAACAUGGAAGAUAAAGCAGCUGUAACCCGCACACACACACACACACAAGAUGAGACAGUCACAAUGUCGGGGCUACAGGCGCCGGCUCGCUGACCGUUGCAGACAUGGGCGCUGGCUCGUUGGCCGUGGCGGGCAUGGGCGCUGGCUCGUUGGCCGUGGCGGGCAUGGGCGCUGGCUCGUUGGCUGGGGCGGGCAUGGGCGCUGGCUCGUUGGCCGUGGCAGGCAUGGGCGUUGACUUGCUGGCCGUGCCAGGCUUCGAGGCUGGGGCCGUGACAGGCCUCGGGACUGGGGCCGUGUCAGGCUUAGGGACUGGUGCCGUGACAGGCUUCGGGACUGGGGCCGUGUCAGGCUUCGGGACUGGGGCCGUGUCAGGCUUCGGGACUGGGGCCGUGACAGGCUUCGGGACUGGGGCCGUGACAGGCCUCGGGACUGGGGCCGUGUCAGGCUUCGGGACUGGGGCCGUGUAAGGCUUCGGGACUAGGGCCGUGUCAGGCUUCUGGACUAGGGCCGUGACAGGCUUCGGGA